CUGCUUAAAAGGUGUAUUCUGUGUAUGACAAUUUGUCCACAGUUUAUUUGGGACCCACGCUUGAAGAUGCAGAAAAAAAUAUAUGCAUAAUUAGCUAACCAUCAACAUGUCUGUGAAAGGAGGAACGAGAGGAUUUUAUUUUAACACUGUAUUGUCCUUGGCACGAUCGUUGGCUGCACACCGACCAGCUCCCGUAGAUAAAGUCCAGAAGCUUCAAUGCAUGUGCCCUGUGGACUUCAGGGGGGUGUUCCAGUUAGACGAGAGGAGGAGGGAUGCUGUCAUUGCCCUGGGCAUCUUCCUGGUGGAGUCUGACUUGCAGCACAAAGAUAUAAUUGUUCCGUACAUUAUUGGGCUGCUAAAGGGCCUUCCCAGGGUCCAGUGGAUUGAAGAAAACUCUGAACAGAAGGGAAGAGAGGCCCUUCCUGUGGCAGAGAACUUCUCCUUCUGCUUGGUGACACUGCUAUCAGAUGUGGCCCAGCGGGAUGAGAGCCUAAGAGGAAAGAUCCUGGGGGCUGUCUUGGAUAUCAUGCAGCUGCUGCUGGAUAUCUGCCAUAACCCAGAAGCCCAUGAUAAAGAAUACCUAUGCAGGUACACCGUUCCCAGCCUCUUGGGUGUUACCAGGGCAUUCGGUCGCUAUAGCAACACUGAAGAACCUCUACUGUCCAAGUUGUUCCCACGGCCGGUUGGCCCUCCUUUGUCCCGCAGUGAAGAGGUUGACUUGUUGCGCCGACGCUCCUUCAAUGACUUCCGCUCUAUCCUGCCAAGUUCCCUGCUCAGCGUGUGUCUGGCAGACACCCUCCAUCGCAAAGGCUCUUCAGUAUCCAGCAUGUCUCAACAGGCUAGUCCAGAGAGGGCAGGACUGGCUCCAAGCUCUCCAGCAGACUCAUCAGCACAGUACUUUGAAGGUUCCUAUCUCCCAGACGGUAGUGCGGUGGACCCAGACUACUACUUCUCCACUAUCAGCUCCAGUUUCUCCAUGUCUCCUCUCUUCACUGGAAGCAGCUGCAGAGAGUUUGAGGUUCCUUUGGAUAUGCUCAGGCAGCUCUUAAACAUGGUUGAACAGUUUGUCUCUGAAUCGUUUUUGAAACUCUUGGAUGACACCUUGAUGGAUCUGCUGGAGCUGAACCCUAGUAUCCACCUGGACUAUAAGACCUUCAGUGAUCCUCUGUACGUGGCCAUAUUCAAGAUGCUAAGAGACACCCUCUAUAAUCUGAAAGAACUCCAGACAGGAUACGUGAAGGAGGUGCAUGACUUUGUUUUGGAGCAGUUUAGCAGCAGUCAGUCGGAGUUGCAAAGGAUCCUCCAUGACGUUGAAUACCUCCACAGUGAACUGAGCCCGCUCAAACUGCGCUGCCAGGCAAAUGCUGCUUGUGUAGACCUGAUGGUGUGGGCCGUCACAGAGGAGCAGGGAGCUGAGAACCUGUGUACCAAACUGUCUGAGAAGCUGCAGUCCAAAACAUCCAGCAAAGUCAUCAUUGCACACAUGCCCCUUCUCAUCUGCUGUCUUCAGGGCCUAGGACGUCUGUGUGAACGCUUUCCUGUGGUUGCUCACUCUGUCACCAUGUCCUUGAGAGACUUCCUAGUGGUGCCCUCUCCUGUACUAGUCAAACUUUACAAGUACCACAGCCAGUACACUACUGGGGCAGGUGACAUAAAGAUCCAUGUGACCAAUGAACACUCCCAGUCUACCUUUAGCGCUCACUCCAGCAAGAGGAGCCAGCCCUCAAUGUACGAGCAGCUCCGAGAUAUCUCAAUAGACAACAUUUGCAGGUGUCUGAAAGCCGGGCUGACAAUGGACAGUGUAAUUGUAGAGGCUUUCCUCGCCAGUCUGUCAAACCGCCUCUACAUCUCACAGGAAAAUGAUAAGGAUGCUCACCUGAUCCCUGACCACACCAUCCGGGCGCUGGGGCACAUUGCGGUGGCUUUGAGGGACACCCCUAGGGUCAUGGAGCCCAUCCUCCAAAUCCUGCAGCAGAAGUUCUGCCAGCCCCCCUCCCAGCUGGAUGUCCUCAUCAUUGACCAGCUAGGCUGUAUGGUCAUCACCGGCAACCAAUACAUCUACCAAGAAGUAUGGAACCUGUUCCAGCAAAUCAGUGUCAAGGCCAGCUCCAUGGUCUACUCCACCAAGGAUUAUAAAGACCAUGGAUACAGACAUUGUUCUUUGGCUGUGAUCAACGCACUCGCUAACAUAGCAGCUAACCUUCAAGCAGAGCAUAUGGUGGAUGAGCUGCUGGUGAACCUGCUGGAACUGUUUGUGCAGCUGGGAUUGGAGGGUAAAAGGGCCAGUGAGAGGGCUUUGGAAAAAGGACCGGCACUGAAGGCAUCAAGUAGUGCUGGAAACCUUGGUGUGCUCAUACCUGUUAUUGCUGUGCUGACCAAGCGCUUGCCAGCCAUCAAGGAGGCCAAGCCUCGGCUGCAGAAACUGUUCAGAGACUUCUGGCUGUAUUCCGUGGUCAUGGGCUUUGCUGUGGAGGGCUCAGGUUUGUGGCCAGAGGAGUGGUACGAGGGAGUGUGUGAGAUUGCUACCAAGUCCCCCCUGCUUACUUUUCCGAGCGGAGAACCUCUACGCUCUGAGCUACAGUACAACUCUGCCCUAAAGAAUGACACUGUCACUCCGGCUGAGCUGAAUGACCUGAGGAGCACCAUCAUCAACCUUCUGGACCCCACCCCAGAUGUGUCCGCUCUUAUCAACAAGCUAGACUUUGCCAUGUCCACUUAUCUUUUGUCAGUCUACAGACUGGAGUACAUGAGGAUGCAGCGUUCCCUGGAUUCAGACCGGUUCCAGGUCAUGUUCCGCUACUUUGAGGACAGGGCCAUACAGAAAGACAAGUCUGGUAUGAUGCAGUGUGUGAUUGCAGUUGGCGACAAGGUCUUUGACGUCUUCCUGCAGAUGAUGGCUGAGAAGGCCAAGACCAAAGCCCACGAGGAGGAGUUGGAACGUCACGCUCAGUUCCUAUUGGUUAAUUUUAACCACAUCCACAAGAGGAUCCGCAGAGUUGCGGACAAAUACCUCUCCGGUCUGGCAGAAACUUUCCCUCACCUGCUGUGGAGCGGUCGUGUGCUGAAGACCAUGCUGGACAUCCUACAGACUCUCUCUCUCUCCCUUAGUGCAGACAUCCAUAAGGACCAACCCUUCUACGACAUCCCAGACACCCCUCACAGGAUCACGGUCCCUGACACCUAUGAGGCUAGAGAGAGUAUCGUGAAGGACUUUGCCGCUCGCUGUGGGGAGAUCCUGAAAGAGGCCAUGAAAUGGGCCCCGUCUGUCACCAAGUCCCACCUACAGGAGUACCUGAAUAAACAUCAAAACUGGGUGUCGGGUCUGUCCCAGCACACUGGCCUGGCCAUGGCUACUGAGAGCAUUCUACACUUCGCUGGCUACAACAGGCAGAGCACUACUCUGGGGACCACCCAGCUGACAGAAAGGCCUUCAUGUGUAAAGAAAGACUAUUCCAACUUCAUGGCCUCCCUCAACCUCAGGAACCGCUAUGCCGGAGAGGUUGCAGGUAUGAUCCACUUUGCGGAGGGGAUGUGUAGUGAGUCGGACUUGUGCAGACUGAUGAUCAAACAGAUGGCAGAGGCCCUGGACUGCCGACAGCCUGAGGGCUUUACCGAAGCCAUGUUCAAACUGGCCGCUCUACUUAUUAGCACCAAAGAAUGUGACCCUCAGCUGCUGCACCAUCUGUGCUGGUCCCCUCUCAAGAUGUUCACAGAGCACGGCAUGGAGACGGCCAUUGCCUGCUGGGAGUGGCUGCUGGCGGCUCGAACCGGUGUGGAAGUACCAUUUAUGCGUGAGAUGGCAGGUGCGUGGCAGAUGACGGUGGAGCUGAAGAUGGGUCUGUUCUCGAAUGCCCAGGUGGAGGCUGACCCUCUGGCAGCGUCCGAGGAAAGUCAGCCCGUGCCCUGCCCCCCGGACGUCACCCCCCACUUCAUCUGGAUCGAGUUUUUGGUCCAGAGGUUUGAAAUUGCCAAGUACUCCAGUGCCGAUCAGGUGGAGAUAUUUUGCAGCCUGUUGCAGCGCUCUCUCUCUCUCAAUGUGGGCGCAAACAAGAGCAGCCUUAACCGCCAUGUGGCGGCCAUUGGACCCCGCUUCAGGCUGCUGACUCUGGGUCUGGCUCUCCUCCACUCCGACGUGGUCUCCAAUGCUACCAUCAGGAACGUGCUCCGGGAGAAAAUCUACUCCACUGCUUUUGACUACUUCAGUGUAACCCCCAAGUUCCCCACCCAGGGGGACAAGCAUCUCCGUGAGGACAUCAGCAUCAUGACCCGCUUCUACGCCAGCAUCCUGUCAGACAAGAAGUACCUGGCCGCAUGCCAAUUGGUCCCACCUGGUGAGCUUGGCGCCAACCCCGCCCCCAGCACCCUCUCUGCCGGGAUAUUCGGAUCGCUUAUUGUGUCCAGCACUUCUCCAAUAUCGAUCUUAAACAACCAGGAUCCCUCGUUGAACAGCCUGUCUGUAAUGACUGCUGCUGACCCCAGAAACAACAUGGACUCCAGUUCUCGCUCCCAACAAAGUGGACAGGGAUGGAUCAACACAUACCCGCUCUCCAGUGGCAUGUCUACAACAUCUAAGAAAUCUGGAAUUUCUAAGAAAAGCAACAAAGGGACUCAGCUGCAUAAGUAUUACAUGAAGCGUAGGACCUUGCUGCUGGCUCUACUGGCCAGUGAGAUUGAGCGCUUGACGACGUGGUAUAAUGCACUAUCCACCCAUGAGCUGGCCAUUUCUACAGAGCAGUCCGUGGAGACCAGCAUUGCCAACUGGAGGUCCAAGUACAUCAGUCUGACAGAGAAGCAGUGGAAGGACAAUGUCAACCUGGCCUGGAGCAUCGCUCCUUAUCUGGCUAUGCAACUGCCCUCGAGAUUUAAGAAUGACGCCAUUGUGGCCGAGGUGACAAGACUGGUGAGACUUAACCCCGGGGCGGUCAGUGAUGUGCCUGAGGCGGUCAAGUUUCUGGUGACAUGGCACACCAUUGAUGCUGACUCUCCAGAGCUGAGCCACAUCCUGUGUUGGGCCCCUACAGACCCCCCCACUGGACUGUCCUACUUCAGCAGCAUGUACCCCCCACACCCCCUCACAGCUCAGUAUGGGGUCAAAGUGCUGCGCUCCUUCCCACCGGACGCUAUACUAUUCUACAUCCCUCAGAUUGUCCAGGCUCUCCGCUAUGACAAGAUGGGUUACGUCAGAGAGUACAUCCUGUGGGCGGCCCAGAAGUCUCAGCUUCUGGCCCAUCAAUUCAUCUGGAACAUGAAGACCAACAUCUACCUGGACGAGGAGGGCCACCACAAAGACCCUGAUAUAGGGGAGCUGCUGGAGCAGAUGGUAGAGGAGAUAACCAGAUCCCUGUCUGGUCCAGCCAAGGACUUCUAUGGGAGAGAGUUUGACUUUUUUGGCAAGAUCACCAAUGUGUCUGCCAUCAUCAAGCCCGUUCCAAAGGGAGAGGAAAGGAAGAGGGCAUGUCUCAAAGCCCUGUCUGAUAUCAAGGUCCAGCCAGGAUGCUACCUCCCCAGUAACCCUGAAGCCAUUGUUUUGGAUAUAGACUACAAGUCAGGAACACCUAUGCAGAGUGCUGCCAAGGCUCCCUACUUGGCCAAGUUUAAGGUAAAACGCUGCGGUGUGAGUGAGCUGGAGAAGGAGGGGCUCCGCUGCCCCUCUGAUUCUGUAGAAGAGGGGGAGGAGAGCUCAGACGAAGCACAAAGGAUCUGCUGGCAGGCAGCCAUCUUCAAAGUGGGAGAUGACUGUAGACAGGACAUGCUUGCCCUGCAGAUCAUUGGCCUGUUUAAGAACAUUUUCCAGCUAGGAGGACUGGACUUGUUUGUAUUCCCCUACAGAGUGGUGGCCACCGCUCCUGGGUGCGGCGUGAUUGAAUGCAUCCCGGACUGCAAGUCUCGUGACCAGCUGGGCAGGCAGACGGACUUUGGGAUGUACGACUACUUUCGUAAUCAGUACGGUGAUGAGUCCACCCUGGCCUUCCAGAAGGCUCGGUAUAACUUUAUCCGCAGCAUGGCAGCCUACAGCCUGCUUCUCUUCUUACUGCAGAUCAAGGACAGGCACAACGGCAACAUUAUGCUGGACAGCAAGGGACACCUUAUCCACAUAGACUUUGGUUUCAUGUUUGAGAGUUCCCCGGGUGGGAAUCUUGGAUGGGAGCCAGACAUUAAGCUGACGGAUGAAAUGGUGAUGAUCAUGGGGGGCAAGAUGGAGGCUACGCCCUUCAAAUGGUUCAUGGAGAUGUGUGUGAGGGGAUAUCUGGCAGUUAGGCCCUACAUGGAUGCAGUGGUUUCUUUGGUAACUCUGAUGCUGGACACUGGACUACCAUGCUUCAGAGGACAGACCAUUAAACUUCUGAAGCAACGCUUCAACCCUAGUAUGAGUGAGAAGGAGGCUGCUGCAUUCAUCAUUAAAAUCAUCCAGAGUUGUUUUCUUAGCAGCAGAAGCAAAACCUACGACAUGCUCCAGUACUACCAGAACCAGAUUCCAUACUGAAAGCCCAUGUUGUCCCUGCUGCUUAUCAACCCCCCCCCCCCCUUUAAUGUAGUGCUAACCACCUGGCUUGAAUUCAGCUUAAUGGUAAAGCUCAGGAAAAAAAAGCCAAUGCUCAAUGUAGCAGUCUAGAAAACGAUCCCCACAUUAUUGUUUGUUAAAGUAGGGAGCUUUAGAACAUUAACAUUUUAGAUAAUUGUCACUUUAUGAGGAGAAUGUCAUGUCAUUUGUGAUGAGUGUAGCUACCAAUGUUAGCCUAGGUAGGUAGAAUGCUUAAAAUGUGAACGUGAAUGUGAAACUCAACCCUUUGACAUAUAGAAGAUAACACCAAUGUAAUCAUUCCCAUGUUGUCCGUCAGGCUGUGAACUGGCCAGGAAAUAAUAAUGACUUUGCUUACAUUACUGCUACUUCGGUCCAUAGUUUGGUCAGCACUCCAAUCAAAGUACCAAUAAAACGUUUUCUAGUAUUUCCACCAUAUCACAUUGGCACAUCAACUCACAUUGUAAAUACCCCACCAAUGGCAAAAUAUGUACACAAAUACACAUUUAUUUGGUAGUGUUUAAGAUCAUUUACACAUUCUUUAAAAUAUUUUGCUGUCAGAUUGACUUUUUUAUUGUGCAUGAAUACAGCUAAUUCAGUAACUGGGAAUGCCAUUUCAUCAAAUGAUUACACUUGAGUAAAUAGAACCGGCGAGAAACCAGUGCAGCAGCUUAUUUGGAAGUUACUUAAUGUUUUACGUACAUUUAAUUUUAAAUCUAAACGAUCCUCCAUAGACUUUAAGUGAUUAAGUAAUUUGUUGCAUAUCCGCUUUGGCUUCCAGCUCGUUUCAGUCAUUUUAUUCUAUGAACUCCAGUCUAAAUAUCCAAAACUGUCAUCUUCUACUUUUCUUUCUGUUCACAAACCUGGCUCAAAAAAAAUUCUUCAUUUAUUUAUUUUUUGCUGUCAAUUGAUUCGUUUUUAAAGAAAUCCGAAAUGGAGAAACUAGCACCCCAUUUUUUUGUCUUUGUUUUUUUUUUAUUUAUGUCAAUGCUAUCAGCAUCACUUUGCUUACAUUAACAAUCAUUAUCUUUGAUUCUGACAAACUUUACACCGCAGAGAUGAACAUAUUUUCUCAAAUAACAUUAGAGUUUAAAUGUUAUUUUGUCAGCAGUGCAUGUAUACCUACACAAAGUCGAAGGCCAGUGUGCAAGAAAAUGUUUGUGUUACUUGGUACCAUUCCAGUCCCAGUCCAUUUGUAGAACUAUUUGUGUUGACGGAGCCAAAUAAAUGAUUAAAUAAAUAAACAAAUCAUAA